CCGUAUCGAUGGUACACCACUGUACACUCGUCUUGCAGCUCUCGCUCUUCACAACACGAAGAGUUCGGUGCUCGAAAUUCUUUACUGCAGGAAAAAGCUCCUCUCUCUUUCUCAACGGAAUUGCGCCAUUCAUUCUCUCCUUAUGAAAAAUAUAAACCGAUGUCUCACUCUCAGAUUGGUUAUCUGGUUCCACUAAAUCUCUGUUUAGAGGAGGAAACUUCGAUUCCUAAGCUACCUCUCUCCAAAGGCUCUAACACCAUCGGCCGCAGCCACGUUUCUGUCGCCGAUAAGAGGCUCAGCCGCAAUCACCUUGCUCUCACCGCUUCUGCCGAUGGCUCUGCUAAUAUAACUGUCGUGGGUACCAAUCCGGUUGUGGUAAAAUCUGGGGAUCAGAGAAGGAAGCUUAGUCCUGGAGAACUGGUAUCGAUUACUAGCGGUGAUAUUAUAGAGUUGAUACCUGGCCGCCAUUUCUUCAAGUACGUGGCUUCGUCGCCUUCGAAUAGUAGCAGCAACUCUUCUUCUCUUAACACGUCGAAGAGGCAUUGCAAUGACGGUGAAGGAAUUGUCAAAUGCGACCAACCUUGCUUAAAGAAGAUGCGAGAAGCACCUGAAGAUCAAGCCAAAGCUGCUAAUAAGAAUGAGGCAGAGAAUAGUGGACCAGUAAUUUGUGAAGAGGACAUUCGUAAAUUUCGUGUUCCUAAUGAUAAUUUGCCAUUGACCUUCCGGCUUUUGAAAGUGCAAGGGCUGCCAGCUUGGGCAAAUACCUCUUGCGUUUCUAUAACCGAUGUGAUUCAGGGGGAUAUUCUUGUUGCUAUCCUUUCAAACUACAUGGUGGACGUUGAUUGGUUGAUGUCUGCAUGCCCUACACUUGCGAAAAUUCGUCAUGUCUUGGUUAUUCAUGGAGAGGGUGACGGUACAGUUGAACAUAUGAAGAGAAGCAAGCCUGCAAGUUGGAUUCUGCAUAAACCCCCACUACCCAUUUCAUUUGGGACACACCAUUCAAAGGCCAUGCUUCUAGUCUAUCCUCGAGGGUUGAGAAUUAUUAUACAUACAGCAAACUUAAUAUAUGUUGACUGGAACAACAAAAGCCAAGGUUUGUGGAUGCAAGAUUUCCCCUGGAAGGAUAAACAGAAUCAAAGCAAAGGAUGUGGAUUUGAAAAUGACUUGGUUGAUUAUCUCAAUGCAUUAAAGUGGCCAGAAUUCACCGUUAAGUUACCAGCCCUUGGGAACUUCACUAUCAACCCAACCUUUUUCAAAAAGUUUGAUUAUAGCAAUGCAGCAGUUAGGUUAAUAGCAUCUGUUCCUGGAUAUCAUACUGGUGCCAACCUGAAAAGGUGGGGACAUAUGAAGCUACGGAGUGUUCUCCAGGAAUGCACCUUUGGAAAGGAGUUUAAAAAUUCUCCUCUUGCCUAUCAGUUCUCUUCCCUUGGUUCACUAGAUCAAAAGUGGAUGACUGAGCUGGCUACCUCAAUGUCUUCUGGAUUCUCAGAUGACAAAACACCUCUUGGUCUUGGAGAGCCUCAAAUAAUAUGGCCUACUGUAGAAGAUGUCAGAUGCUCUUUAGAGGGCUAUGCAGCUGGAAAUGCCAUCCCAAGCCCAUUAAAGAAUGUGGAGAAAGAAUUUUUGAGAAAGUAUUGGUCAAAAUGGAAGGCUAACCACACUGGCCGCUGUCGUGCGAUGCCGCAUAUAAAGACAUUCACUCGUUAUAAUGGUCAGAAACUUGCUUGGUUCUUGCUAACUUCAGCAAAUCUAAGCAAAGCAGCCUGGGGGGCCUUGCAGAAGAAUAAUUCUCAGUUGAUGAUUCGUUCCUAUGAGCUGGGGGUGCUAUUUUUACCAUCUCACUGUAAAAGACAUGGUCUUCGAUUUUCUUGCACAGACAAUGGAGUUCCAUCAGAGAAUAAAUGUGGAUUACUAGCAGAUUCUGAAGCGCUGAGGACGAAACUAGUGACUUUGAUGUGGCAAGGAACUGUAGAUUCAUCAUCUGAAGUGAUUCCACUGCCGGUGCCUUAUGAGCUACCUCCUCAACCAUACUCCUCUGAAGAUGUUCCUUGGUCCUGGGACCAGCGAUAUAGCAAGAAGGAUGUUUAUGGUCAAAGUUGGCCUAGGCUUGUACAGCUUUAUACUUCUCAGGAUUCAUGACUCAUGGUUUUGGUUUGGAACGUGUUCCUAGGGAAUAUAUUUCCUUUUAAAUUUAUUAUGAGUUUUUUUUUUUUUCUGUUAAUUUAUUUCAUUGUGCUACCAAACCUAUUUAAUUUAUUUAUUAUGUCAUGGGUUUACAAAAGAGGAAA